AUGGCGUCUCAUAGUACCGAUCACGAUACCUCUGACGUGGACGAAGAAUUCGGACCAGUUGAGUCGGCGCCAGCCCACAUGCCCAUUGAAGAGGUAUUCUGUCGGUUACUUGGUCACCCAGCGGCCACCAGGAGGCAGAUGAAGAAGAGCUUCUACCCCAAAUCGACAAACAGCGGUACACCCGAGCAGUGGCGUAACAGACGCGGAGUGGACGUCGUCCUCACUGACUCCAAAGGCGCAGAAUGGGGCGUACACAAAUCAGUCAUCUGCACUGGCUCGGCGCCUAUGGGCGACUAUCUGUACAAGCCCGACAGCAGCAACUUUGUGUACACAGAGGACGGGAAGAUCAAGCUCCUAGUCGCGGGAUUUGAGUCAUUCGCCAUCGACGCUUUUGUCCAAUCCGACUACUUCGGGCGAUACGUACUCAGCAACGCCAUAGCGCUCAGUCGAGCGCGGAAAGUCCCUGAGACAGGACUCACGAUAAACGCCGACGAAAUCGCCCCCGGUCUUCAACUCCUUCAUCAUCUAGAAGUCCUUCGACUCGGUGAUCGUCUUCAGCAUGCAGUAGCAACGGAGGCAUUUGGGUACAUCCAGCUGCUCUUGGGCCGCAAGACGAUUGGGCUGGCAGACUGGUUGACGUUCAUGCAAGAGGUAUUCCAUGGGCAGAAUCCGAUAAGAGAUACUACACUGGGCCAGCAAGUUCGCAUGAUUGUGGCGGCAUAUGCUGCGUACCAUGACAGCAUCUGGUUGGGGCACGAAGAGUACCGUCAGCUCUUCCGAGGUGCGCACAACGUCUUCGCAGGACUGUGCACUGAGAUGCGCAACAAUCAAGCUGGACUCGCCAUUGGUGCUUGCUACGUUACCGCCUCUCAGCAUAUGGGACGUAUGGCGAUUUCUUCCCUCCCUAGCGGAAUCUCCCUGGACUUUGCCAUCUCGGCACACGCUCAUGCUGCACAACCACAAGCACAGCCGCAGCCGCAAGUGCAACAAGCACAGCCACCCGUACAGCCAUCUACUCAGGGUCGGGACGACACGCUGAUAUUGCCUCAUAUCCAGAGCAUGCUGGACGAACAGAAGGGCGUCAAAGACCGACACGCAAGAUAG